UUUUUUUUCCCUUUCUUUUCAUGCAUUCCUUUUGUUUCAUUCUCUGAAAACCCUAAGGGUUCCAGAGAACACAGAGAAAAAACAAGCUCAAUCUUUCAUCAAACAAGAGGAAAACAAAAACAUAUUUUCAUAUAAUAAAAUAAAAUUAAAAUAAGGCAGCAAAAAUGCUUCUACGAAGCUCAUCGACACCCAUCCUGUGCGUUCCUCAUGGCUCGGCGGUGGCCGAGUCGGGUCACCGGUCGAAGCCGAUUACCGUGACGGCUUCGUCACACAAUAUGAUGCAAAGAACACCCUCGGAUGGUAACAUGAGGCAAACUUCUAUCCCCAAGAAGCAUAGUCCACUUAGUAGUACUCGUUCUCUAGGGGCUCAUGAUUCGUUUAAGGAAGAAGGGACUGAUAGUAUCAGCUCACCGACGUUGUCGCUGGCCGGCGGCGAUGUCGGUAGCAAAGGUGGUGCAGCUCAGGGGUUUGGAGAUUACGGUGAAGGGAAACAGUGGUUGAUGAUUAUUACCAAAAUAUGAUCGAAACUUACCCCGGAGAGACCAUUCUUCUUGCAAACUAUGCUAAAUUCUUGAAAGAGGUUCGAGGUGAUCUAUUGAAAGCCGAAGAAUAUUGUAAGAGAGCAGUUUUGGUGAAACCAGAUGAUGGGGAAGUUUUAUCAAUGUAUGGAGAUUUGAUAUGGACUAACCAUAGAGAUGAAACUAGGGCUCAAUCUUACUUUGAUCGAGCUCUCAAAGCUUCUCCUAACGAUUGCCAUGUCAUUGCAUCUUAUGCUUGGUAUCUAUGGAACGCUGAAGAAGAAGAAGAGGAAGUGAAAGGGGAAGAGCAUCAAAUCAAUGGUGCUAAUUCUUGCACACCGCAGCAACCUCACGGCCGAUUCCCCCAUAGCCCCCCUUGUAAUUUCACCACGGCUGCCUGUUGAUUUCACAUUUUCUUCGAAAUAUCGGUUUCUCCCAUCAUGGAGAAAAAUCUGUUAAUACAAGUAUAAUAUAUAUAU